AUGGCAAUGGCUGGGGAAGCAGUUUUGGGCAUUUCUGCCAUUCAACAGUGGGAAUACAUUGAAGAAAUGCGCAAAAAACUACAACGUAAAAUGGAUGUAUGCAUGACACAGAUGCAAGAUAGUUCGUGGAAUCAGCGUGAAAAGGGGUUUAAAGCUCUUCUUCGUCUUAUGGCCACAUUUACAUCUGAGGAGCGAAGUGUGUUUGCCAUUGUCCAGCGCGAACAGAAUUGCAACCAUGAUGUGAAGAUAUCAAACCAAGUUGCAUCAGUGUUAGAAAUGCUACAGGGAGUAGCUUUACUGCACUACGAUUCAAAACUCAAAGCAGGCGCCAAGCAAAACAUGAUGUUGCUUUUGACGUUUUUACCAUCCAAAAGCACUGUAGUGGCAAUUGCAGCAAUAGAAGCUGUUCAAGGCAUUCUAAUUGAUUCGAGUCAAAACAUCAGGAUAUUUGAACAGAUUGGGGGUGUUCCUGUGGUUUGCGAAACUCUUAAAUCAAAGCAUCCAGAAGAUAAAAAUCCAGAUAGAGCAGUUGGAGAAAUUAUAUUUAGUAAAUCAGUGGAAUUGAAAAGGGAAUCCAUCACAAAACUGCUGGGUCCGGGAUUUGUCAAAAAGCUAAUGGAUAUAUCUACUUGA